AAGUUAACCAAGCAAACUCAAAGGUUUUGUGCAUGUGAUGAAAACAUAAAGUCCAUAACCCUCUACAAUAUGGUAGCUAAAACGUUGAUUCUGUGGGCCUCCUGUCAUUAUUUACUUCCGUGGGAAGACCUACUACGUCAACCUAACUGGCAACGCCUUAACGGCUCUGCGCAUGCCCAUUAUGUCGUUUAUGUUUUGAGUAUAUGUAUGUGUGUCUGCGUGUGUAUCCUCUCCCAUACAAGUUUACUGCAAUUUAGAAUCUUGUCCUCUAUCCCCGGAAUGGCAACAGCUGCCCCGAACCCAGAGGACUCGAGCCGUAGCGGAAGCGGAGGGUCCAGUUCAGCUAGCUCGCUCGCAGGGGAUGGAGAUACGGAAGAGGCCGAGGAUUUCACGUCGUCCUCCCAUUGCUCGGAGCUGUCUCGGCGGCAGAACGAGCAAAGGAAGCAGGGGCUUUUCUGUGAUGUGACAUUGGCCUUCAGCGGUGGUGCGGCUACAGCACAGAACUUUGAGCUGGCAGCCCACCGUUCUGUUUUAGCUGCUGCGACCGACUACUUCACGCCGCUGCUGAGUGGGCAGUUUUCCGAGUCGGUGUCCGGUCGCGUGGAGAUGAAAGAAUGGAGUUCAGAAAACGGGCCGGACCCUGAGACAGUUGAGAGUGUGAUUCAGUACAUGUAUACGGGAGAGAUCCGAGUCAGCACCUGCAAUGUUCACGAAGUAUUGGAGCUUGCAGACAGGUUCCUUCUGGUUCAGCUGAAGGACUUCUGCGGUGAGUUUCUGAAGCGCAAGCUUAGCCUGGCCAACUGUGUAGCAGUGCACAGCUUGGCACACAUGUACACGCUAGACCAACUGGCGCUGCGGGCAGCCGACAUGAUUCGCCGCAACUUCCACAAGGUCAUCCAGGAUGAGGAGUUCCUCACGCUGCCCUUCCACCUGGUGCGGGACUGGCUGUCAGACGCCGAGAUCACGGUGGACUCAGAGGAGGCGCUGUUUGAGGCGGUGGUGAAGUGGGUGCAGCGCAACUCAUCAGAGCGUGAACGCUACUUUGAGGAACUGUUCCGCCUCCUGCGGCUGCCUCAGAUCAAGCCCACAUACCUGACUCGCGCGGUCAAGAACGAGAGGCUGGUGGCGGCCAGCGAGGCCUGCCUGCGUCUGGUGGCCGAGGCCGUGGAGGGUCACGCCAUCCGCUUCGAGAACCUCAAGUCAGCCGACGUGGAGCUGUGGUCGUCCUACACCGCCUCCUUCCAGCCGCGCUUUGGCCAAAACAUGGACGUGAUCAUGGUGGUCGGCGGCGUGUCGGAAGGAGGCGACUACUUGAGCGAGUGCGUGGGCUACUUUAUCUAUGAGGACCGCUGGGUCAACCUGCCGCACAUUCACAACCACCUGGACGGGCACGCCAUCGCCGCCACCGACACGCACGUCUACGUGGCCGGCUCCAUGGAGCCUGGCUUUGCCAAAACGGUGGAGCGCUACAACCCCAACCGCAACACCUGGGAGCAGGUGAGCAACCUGACCACGCGCAAGCACUCCUUCGGACUCACCUGCGUAAAAAACAUCCUCUACAGCAUCGGCGGCCAUGGCAACUUCAGCCCGGGCUUCAAGGAUGUCAGCGUGUACGAGCCCGAGCAGGACAAGUGGCACAACCUGGAGUCGGCACCCAAGAUCCUGCGCGAUGUGAAGGCAGUGAGCGUGGAGGACCGCUACGUGUACGUGACUGCGCGUACGCCCGUGGACACAGACAAUGAGGACGGUUUGAAGACGGUGACCACACGAUACGACACUGAGACGCGCCAGUGGCAGGACGUGGACUCGCUCCCGCUCAUCGACAACUACUGCCUCUUCCAGAUGGCCGUGGCCUCCACCAACUUCUACCACACGGCCUCCUGCUGCCCCAAGAGCUACUCGGCUGUGCGCGACGAGGCUGCACGACAGAAGAUCAGCGGCCGUGUCUCCGACGAGAUCCUGGAGAGCCUGCCGCCGGAGGUGAUCGGCGUGGAGGGCGCUGCCAUCUGCCACUUCCACCAGGACGUCUUCGUCAUCGGCGGCUGGAAGAACAGCGACGAUGUGGACAAGCAGUACCGCAAGGAGGCGUACCGCUACUGCGCAGAGCGCAAGCGCUGGAUGCUGCUGCCGCCCAUGCCUCAGCCACGCUGCCGGGCCACCGCCUGCCACGUGCGCAUCCCCUACCGCUUUCUGUACGGCUGCCAGCGCUACCCCAUGCCCCAGAACCUGGCUCGCCAGCGCGACCGCAUGCAACAGAUGCAGCAGCUGCACCGGCGCACGCUAACCCUGCGCCGGCAGCUGCAGUCGCAGAUCGAGUGCUGAGGACGAGGGCGAGGGCGAGGUGGUGUGGGGUGCUACUUCACAGAGGCGCUGCCCAUCGAUGGUUGCUUCCUCUCUUCCCUCAUGUUCCCCCCCACGUCCUCUGCACACCCGUCGUCCUGCCGUGGGAACCAGUUGAAGCGUAGGGAGUUACAUUGGCGAGGGUGUGGCCUUAAAAAGCCAAGGCCAGUCUUUGCAGCCAUCCGCUAGUCGAGUCCUUCCAUCGUCAUGGCAUCAGACACUACCCACGCGGUCUACCCAUUUUCAUCAUUCCAUUUCUUUUCAGACCUUUGCAAGGACGAUCAGGCUUUCUGCUCAAGGGUGUGUUUGGUGUGAAGGGUGGCCCUUGAGUGUCGUGGAGGUGGUUAUUAUGCCAUAUUGCACUGCAUCUUAGCUGAGUUUCAGGCCAUGCAGGCUUAUGGCUAUGGGGAGUUGAGCUGGGAAAGCAACAGUGAGGUGCAUUUUAUUUUGAGGCAACUGGAAGGGACAGCCAGCCAAACCAGAAUGUAUUGCAUCAAUAGAAUUCCUAAAAAGAGACCAAAAUGUGGGAAAUCACGCACAUGUGGUGUGUAUUUUAAUAUGUAUAUUUAGAGAACAGAGUAUAUAUAUAU